GUGUCACACUCAUUGGCAAGCCACCACCAGAUAGACGCCCCAGUAUCGUUCUAAAAUGAGAGAGCUUAUCAAAACACGCCGACGCACAUGACAAGUAUACGAUUACUUCUUGUAGAAUAUACAGGACUAGAAGAUUACUUCAACAAGGCUUAGGGAGAGGAAGAUGUGGUAUUAGCGCGCGCUAGUCGUAUCAAGCCCCCAAACCGAAGCGUCCACCAGCAGGUGAUGGUUCGUAUGCAAUCCCGAACAUUCGGAGCUGAGCGUCCGUGAUUCCAAGCUUAAUUGCAUAUAUAAGCCUGUCAGAUGUAGCUUCGGGUGCCCAUCAUCUCUUCUGAAUAUGUCGCAUUAGGUUGAUCGUCUUCGCCACAUCAGAUAUUAAUUCUGCCGCACUUGCUGCACUUGCCGCGUCCCUGCCACUGGAACACUCGUCCGAUACCACCGUUCCAAGAUGCAUUUCCUCUGCCUGCAUGGGAUAGGAACAAGCAACCAGGUUUUUGAGGUUCAAACAGCCGCAUUAAGAUACGAGCUGGGGGACAAUCAUUCAUACGAAUUUGUCGAAGGAACGGUUCCAUGGCAAUUGGCUCCCGAAGUAUCAUCCAUGUUCAACCCAAAAGAUUCGUACCAUGCGUACUUCGACCCAGAAUCAGCCCCCAGCGCCCAGCAAGCACUCGACCAGCUUGACGAUUAUGUGCACACCGAGGGUCCAUUCGAUGGGAUAAUCGCAUUCUCGCAAGGGGCUGCACUCGCAGCCACCUACAUUAUUCGCAAAUCAAAACAGAGCAAACCAGGAAACCACAAUGAGAUGCCGAUCAAAUGUGUUGUCUUCUUGUCAAGCACAGCUUUGUAUGAUUACGAGCUGUAUUUUGAAAAGGGUCAGCUUCGAGUACUGGAUGCUGAUAUUGACUCCGAGCUCAUCCAAAUUCCAACUGUGCAUAUAUGGGGCGAGCAGGACAACCUCAGGAAAGACAGCGAGCGGCUGAGUAGGCUUUGUGCCCAGGCCACAGUGUUUGUCCAUGGCGGAGCUCAUGAGGUCCCAGGAUUAGGUUCGAAUGCAAAUGUGACAGGAGCUGUGAAUGCAAUCAGAAGAGGAAUCCGGGAGGCGCAAGAUCUCAUGUCGCGUGGUCUGGAUGGGAGAGUGGAAGGAAAUGGUGUUGACGCUGCUGAAUAA